AUGUCUCAAGAUGGUCGUGAAGACAAGCCCGAGGGCUUCUCUAAAUACCUUAAGCGUAUGAAGACCGUCCUCCGUCCUCGGUCAAUGUCCAAACGGCAAUCUAUAACUCCUGGGGCUGCACCAUCAGCAACAUCACCACCGGCAGCGGCACCAGUAUCGGCACCAAGACCAGUGUCAGCAACAGUAUCGGCACCAGCACCAGUAUCAGCAACAGUAUCGGCACCAGCACCAGUAUCAGCAACAGUAUCGGCACCAGCACCAGUAUCAGCAACAGUAUCGGCACCAGUCUCACCACCAGAACCAGCCCAAGACUUCAGCCCAGGUCCAGUCAUGAUCACCAACUACAGCGCAACCCAGCAGGAAAAGGCCCGCGUCCUCUUCGCCAAAUACGGCCUGACCAUCGACACCAGCGACUGGAAGACACCCCCGGACCUCCAGCUCACCCGCGUAACGAAGCCAAUCCGCAUGCGAGUGCAUCGUACCUGCCACCGCUGCCAAACAACCUUCGGCAAAGAGAAAGUAUGCAUCAACUGCCAGCACACCCGCUGCACAAAAUGUCCUCGACACCCACGCGCCCGCGAGGAUGGCGAACCGUCAACCCGCAAGCCCAAGAACCCAGAGACCUACAUCCAAUCCCAUCUGUAUCCCAGGAACACGCACCUCAAACUCAGCACCACCAGGGAGGUUUCAAUCAAGAUGGCAUCGCCCACGGGCGGCCCGGAUUUCGUCCAUCGACCGGUGCGCCAGCGUGUCCAUCGCUACUGUCACUUCUGCGCCUCGCUCUUUACCCCCGGAUCCAAGGAAUGCCCGAGUUGCAGCCAUGUGCGCUGCAAGAUAUGCCCGCGGGACCCGGCCAAACUCGACAAGUAUCCUGAUGGCUAUCCGGGCGAUGCUGAUCCGCCCAAACCCAGACCCGAGCGUACGUGGAAGAAGCCUCGCCAAAGAGUCCAUUAUGUAUGUCACGUAUGUGAGACUUGGUUCCAGGGUGACGCAGAAACUUGUGUGAAUUGUGGUCAGGCGAAGUGUGAGAAAACUAUACGAAUCCCACCUAAAAAGGCCAAACGAGAAACGGACCCUGAAGUUCUCAAGAGCAUUGAAGAUAAGCUAGCAGCUAUGGCGAUUGAAUCAACGACAGGCAUUGCCGAAGCGGCCUGA